AUGUGGCUUUAUCGCCACAAGAAAAAUGCUAACGGUGAUUUUGAGAGGCACAAAGCCCGUCUUAUUAUUAAUGGCAGGAAUCAACAGGUUGGCGUGGAUUGUGAUGAAACAUUUAGCCCGCAAUUCAGAUCACUCACUUUUCAUCUACUCCCACGGCAAGGAAAUUGCCUACAUAUUGCUCUAGGUCGUCGAUAUCAUUCUCACCUCCUCCUCCAAAUCUCUUCUGCUAUCUAUCAUGAUACCUCAUGUUUACACGGCCUGAUAUUUCAUACGUCGUGCAACAAAUAUGCUUGUUUAUGCACGACCCCCGUUAAGAACAUAUGCAAGCUCUACGGCGUAUCCUUCGCUACCUUCAAGGCACUCUUAAGCUUGGUCUACACCUUUAUCCUUCUUCCAUUUCGUCACUCAUCUCCUACACAGACGCGGACUGGGGUGGCUGCCCAGACACGCGCCGCGACUUCCGGCUACUGCGUAUUUCUCGGUGACAAUCUGAUUUCAUGGUCUGCCAAAUGGCAGCCCACUCUCUUGCGUUCUAGUGCUGAAGCCGAAUACAGGGGAAUGGCCAAUGUAGUGGCCGAAUCCUGUUGGUUACGUAAUCUCCUCCUCGAGCUCCGUCGUCCCAUACAUAAAGCCACGGUGGUUUACUGUGAUAAUGUGAGCGCUGUGUAUCUCUCGGGAAAUCCGGUUCAACAUCAACAAACCAAACACAUAGAAAUGGACAUCCACUUCGUUAGGGAAAAGGUUAGCAAAGGCCAGGUUCGUGUACUUCACGUCCCCUCAGGAUACCAAAUCGCCGACAUCUUCACAAAGGGGCUCCCACAAAUCCUAUUCGAAGACUUCCGUUCCAGUUUAAGCGUCCGAUUACCUCCCGCUCGAACUGAGGCGGUGUAUUAG